UGCCUUUCUAAAACACUCCAUUCUCGAACUGUCAAUAUCUAGUUAAAUUAUCAUAUUCAGCAAUAGCUCAUUAAAUAGCAAUCAACUAUUUUUAUCAAUACUUACAGAACAUACACAUUGCACAAAUAUCUCAAAAUGUCAGAGGCAGCUGAUGAUACGAUAAUUAAAAUUGAACCACAAGAAUAUUCAAUCGAAGAGAUCAAAGAGGAAAUUGAAGAAGACCCUGAAUCCUGUUCAGAGGAUGUAGAAACAUGUCAGAAGAGGUUUACAGAUUCCAUAGUAAAAAUAGAAGAUGUCCAACAGGAAUUUACAGGGAUGUACAAUUCAAAACAGCAUAUGGUAGUGCAUGAACAUGAAUGUGUAUUUUGUUCAAAGACUUUUCCAGAAGCAAGUGCAUUAGAAGUGCAUCUAAAAUCUCAUACAGGUGAAAAACAUUUCAAAUGUACCCAGUGUGAUAAAGCAUUUACUACAAAAUAUCAUUUAGAUCAACACAUAUGCGCUCAUGCCACAGAACAAACUUUACACUUGAAUGAAUCUUGUAAUCAAAAACAAAAUGUUCAUGCUGAUACUGCCAAUAGACCGUAUAAAUGUCAACAAUGUGAUAAACCAUUUAUGAGCUCGAGUCAUUUGAAUCGUCAUAUGCUCAUUCAUACUGGGGAACGCCCUAAUAAAUGUGAAAUAUGUGAUAAGACAUUCAAACAUUUGGAUAAUUUGAAUAGACAUAUGCUGAGUCACACUGGUGAACGAGCUCAUAUUUGUAGAAUAUGUGGUAAGAAGUUUAUAUAUUCAUGCAAUUUGAAUCAACAUAUGCUCAUUCAUACAGGGGAACGCUCUAAUAAAUGUACAAUAUGUGAUAAAACAUUCCUACGAUUGGAUAGUUUGAGUAGACAUAUGCUUGUUCACACUGGUGAACGCUCUAAUAAAUGUACAAUAUGUGAUAAGACAUUCUCACAAUCGAGUCAUUUGAAUCGACAUAUGCUAACUCACACUGGGGAACGUCCUAAUGAAUGUGAAGUAUGUGAUAAGACAUUUUUUCAAUUGAGUCAUUUGAAACAACAUAUGCUCAUUCACACUGGGGAACUUCUUCAUAAAUGUACAAUAUGUUAUAAGGCAUUUGCAGAAUUGAGUGACUUGAAUAGACAUAUGCUCAUUCACACUGAGGAACGUCCUAACAAAUGUACAAUAUGUGAUAAAACUUUUACACACUCGAGUAGCUUGAAUAGACAUAUGCUCACUCACACUGGUGAACGAGCUCAUAUUUGUAGAAUAUGUGGUAAGAAGUUCAUACAUUCAUAUCAUUUGAAUCAACAUAUGCUCAUUCACACAGGGGAACGCCCUAAUAAAUGUACAAUAUGUGAUAAGGCAUUUACACAAUCGAGUGUCUUGAAACGACAUAUGCUCAUUCACACUGGGGAACUUCUUCAUAAAUGUACAAUAUGUUAUAAGGCUUUUGCACAAUUGAGCGGCUUGAAAAGACAUAUGCUCAUUCACGCUGAGGAACGUUCUAACAAAUGUACAAUAUGUGAUAAGACUUUUACACACUCGAGUAAGUUCAAUAGACAUAUGCUCACUCACACUGGGGAACGCCCUAAUAAAUGUACAAUAUGUGAUAAGACUUUUACACAAUCGAGUAGCUUGAAAAGACAUAUGCUCAUUCACGCUGAGGAACGUUCCAACAAAUGUACAAUAUGUGAUAAGACUUUUACACACUUGAGUAGCUUGAAUAGACAUAUGCUCACUCACACUGGGGAACGCCCUAAUAAAUGUACAAUAUGUGAUAAGACUUUUACACAAUCGAGUAGCUUGAAUAGACAUAUGAUCAUUCACACUAGGCAAAAUAUGUGA